AUCUAGUUUUUAGAAGCAUGCAGCCAUUACAAUUUACUUGUUAAUGGCGUUUCUCUGCAUGCACGUCCGAUAAUGCCUAAAUUGAAAAUGUGCUUUCUUUGUGGUGUGAUUGACCAGGAAAACGACAAAUCUUUGUUUGUCGUUCCAUCAGGAAAAUUGGCGGAAUGGCAAAAACAAAUUGUCAAACCUGGGUUGACAAAAUCAUCAAAGUUGUGUGAGGCACAUUUUGACAAAAGUGAAAUUCACAAAGGACAUCAAAUAGGCAACGAAUAUGUUCCAGCAGCCAGAAACCGUUUGCUGACGAAACAAGUGGUACCCACAAAAAAUUUGGAAGGUAUAGCAACCUUUAAACGUACCAGAAAUGCCUUAAAGCCACGUAUCCUUAACGAUAGCUCAACAGCAGGUCUAUCAUUAAUUUCUUCCGAUGAAUGCCUUGCCGAUGCUGUCAUCCCUGCUGUUGCAGCUGAACCAAAGGUUGCAUCAAACGAAGGAAUACUAAUACAAACUAGGAACAAACUAAGGAAUACUAAUUCAAACUGCAAAGGUUGCAAGAAAUACCUCUCCAUGACUUGUCGCAAGAGGACAGGACAUUUUCAAUCUAAGAUUCAUUACUACGUUAGGGACAGCUACCAAAUUGUUAUGUCAAAGAUCUCAAAGUUAAGUUUAAUUAAUAUUACUUGUGAAAAACAUCAACAUGUUUUACCUCAUCUAGUCUUCGAAUAUCUUCAAAUUCGUUUUUACUUUGAAAGUAAACGAGUCCGUAAUCGUGAAUUGUCUAAGUCAAAUUCCAGGGGAAAGGCUUUUGGAAAACACGCUAGGCUUAUUUGAUACUUAUCAUUCUUUAACUUUCCCGUUCUAUCUUUUUGUUUGUUUAUCUUUGUAAUAACGAUUACUGCCAAUAUUACAUACCAUUUGCAAUACAGAAAACAAAUAAAGAUCUACUCACUGUG